AUGAAUUAUAUCCUACACGCAAUUAUAUUCCCAUUUGUAUAACACACACACACACACACACACACUCUCUCUCUCUCUCUCUCUCUCUCUCUCUCUCUCUCUCUCUCUCUCUCUCUCUCUCCCCCAUCACCACCAUGGAUUUUACAAUUUCCCCAAUCCAAAUUCUUGAAACAAUUUUAUCUUUGCUUCUUCUCUACGUUGCCUUGAGAAUCAUAGCCUACACUAAGAAGAAGAUCACCAGCACAAAGACGACCGUGACGACCAAAUUAGUCCCCCAACCCUCUGGAGCAUGGCCCUUCAUAGGUCACCUCCCUCUGCUACGUGGCAAAGACCCAGUCGCCGUAACCCUGGGAGCCAUGGCCGAUGACCAUGGACCAAUCUUCUCACUCAAGCUUGGCCAGCACCAAGUGCUGGUCCUCAGUGCCUGGGAGACAGUCAAAGAAUGCCUCACAACAAACGAUAGAGUUUUCGCCACACGACCAAGCAUGGCAGGAGGCAAGUACUUGGGCUACGACAACGCCGCUUUUGCAAUAGCCCCCUACGGGCCCUACUGGCGCCACGUCCGCAAGUUGGCCAUGCUGGAGCUCCUCUCGACCAAAAGAGUCGAAAUGCUGAGCCAUAUUAGGACCUCAGAGGUUGACUUGUUCGUCAAAAAUCUGCUCUCACUUUGCAUGAAGAAUGGCGCGGGCCCCACACCAGUGCAUUUGAGUGAGUUAAUUGAGUUCUUAACGUUCAACAUAAAUGUGAGGCUGAUUGUUGGGAAGAGAUUCACAGCUGAGCAAUAUAAUGAGAAAAACAGCGAUGCUUGGCGUUUUGAAAAGGCUGUGAAGGAUGCUUUGUAUCUGCUUGGCGUUUUUGUUUGGUCAGAUGCUAUGCCAUGGCUUGAGUGGCUGGACAUCUUGUUUGGGCAUGUGGGUUCCAUGAAAAGGUGUUUUAAGGAACUUGACUGUGUGCUUGGGAAAUGGCUUGAAGAGCAUCGCCAGAGAUCAAGGCCUCAAUGCAAGAUCGAUAGGGUUGAAAGUGAUUUGAUGGAUGUGAUGAUGUCCAGCUUUCAAGAGGAGGAGGAUGUAAUUUUUGGCCAUAGCCGUGAUAAUGUCAUCAAAGCAACAGCACUGGUUCUAAUCCUAACUGGCACAGAAAGCACAUCCGUCACUCUAACAUGGGCACUCUCCCUACUACUGAACAACCCAACAACCCUGAAAGCUGCCCAACAAGAACUGGACAUCCACGUAGGAAGAGACAGAUGGGUACAAGAAUCAGACCUCCCUAACCUCAAAUACCUCCAAGCCAUUCUCAAAGAAACCCUACGCAUAUACCCACCUGGCCCACUUGCAGGCCUGCGUGAAGCCACGGAGGAUUGCCAUCUGGCUGGCUACCAUGUGCCCAAGGGCACCCGUGUACUAGUCAACAUUUGGAAACUGCAGCGGGACCCACGCAUGUGGGCCAACCCAGGUGAAUUCCAACCCAAGAGGUUCAUGACCACCCAUGCUGACGUGGAAUUCAAAGAUCAGAAUAAUUUUGAGUAUAUUCCGUUCAGCUCGGGUAGGAGGUCGUGCCCUGGCAUGGUUUUGGGGCUGCAAGUGGUCCAAUUAAUUCUAGCUCGUUUGGUUCAGGGUUUUGAUAUGAGCAGGGUUUGUGAGGAGGCAGUGGACAUGCGUGAAGGGCUGGGGCUUGCCCUGCCCAAAGCAAAUCCCCUGGAGGCUUUGCUAUCUCCACGCCUUCCUCUUCACCUCUAUAAAAACCCUACAAUUGCUAGUAUAGAUGAGAAAGAAAAUCCAUGAGGGCUGGCUGACUAUGGUGACAAUUUGCAACUGGUAACUGGUGAAUUUGAUACGAUCCCUGCUUGCAACUGGUGAAUUUGAUAUGUAUUUUUACGUUUAUUUGGAGGUUACAUCUGGUUUAAAUAUUUUUUUUAAUAUUCCGGGGGGUUUUGUAAUUUUAAUAUUUGACCAUUACAAGAUUAAUGGUCGUUCUUAUUACACAAAUUUUCACUUUCGUCCUCGUAGUUUUUUUUUUUCCUUCAGUCUCACCCUUUCAGUCAAUAACUUCCAGGUUGCAGAAACACUCUGGUUUUUCGUGCCCAAGCCCAACCCAUGAUGUUCAACGAGGGUUGUUUUUCUUACCCCAUUUGAUCAGUUUUGAUGAAGUAAUAAUAGUACUCCCUCCUUUGCAAAACUGAUUCCAAUAGGUGAGUUUGUGACAAUUAUAUUGACUUUCUACUUCUGAAAAAAAUUGGGUUCUAUAUGAAAUUUAAUUGAUUUGUUUGUAAAAUUCAUACAGUGGCUCUUCACAAAUAACACUUAAAACUUCGUUCAUUACUAAAUAAAAUAAAAUAAAAAACAGUACUUAAAACAAAGUUUUGAAGAAACAAGGUAAAAUUGUAGCAAUGGUCCCUCAAAUAUGGCCCCAUUUUACUUUCCGUUC